AUGAAUUCAAUUUACAAGCAAGACCGAUCAAUCACACAUCUCGUUAAAACUCAGUCAUUGAUUGAUUUACUGGAAAAAGAUCAUGAUGACUUAAUAAAACAAUCUUAUUCAAUAUCUUAUUAUCACUCAAAUAUCGAUCGGGAUCAAGCUGAACAAUUAUUAAGAACAAAAUAUAGUGCUUCUCCAUGUGAGGGCUUAUUUCUACUACGUGAUUGUUCAGCAUCACCAUAUGAUUUUAGUUUAUCACUUAUUCAUAACAAAACAUUUUUUCAUUAUAAAAUACAGCUUAUUUAUGAUAUUUAUUUUUCUAUAGACUCGGGUCCACAAAUAGCUGGCAUAGAAAAUCUAAUACGCUUCUAUCAAGAGAAUGCGGAUGGUCUUAUUUGCAUUCUAUCUAAAGAAUUUGUAAAAGGUCAACCGCCACCAGUUACACUAAGACUCAUAGGUUUUACGAAUACAUUACAUCGUGCUUGUCAACAAGGUAAUUUUGAUAUUGUUAAGAAGAUUCUUUCAUCAGAAUAUUAUAUUCAUCGACCUGAUAUUAAUGCAAAAGAUUCACAAGGUUCUACAGCAUUACAUCGAGCAAGUUUUAUUGGUCAUGAUGAUAUUGUUCGAUUAUUAAUUAAAGAAGGUAGCCAUGUUCUUGCUCGCGAUGCCAAUGGUGCAACAACUUUACAUAGAGCAGCUGCUGGCAACCGUCCAUCGGCAUUAGCCAUUUUAAUUAAUGAAGGUCUGGUAAAUUGUGAAGAACGUAAUUAUAAAAAUUGUUGGGUUCCAUUACAUGAAGCCGCAUUUCAUAAUUCAGCAGCAUGCGUUCGAGUAUUACUCGAUUGUGGUGCUCCACUUCGUCCACGUACUGACCAAGGAAAAACUCCACUUGAAUUAGCUGAAGAAUCUAAAUCUACUGAAUCAAUUAAUAUAUUACGUCAAUAUAAAACUCCUCCGGCUAAAUCAUCGCGUCUGGACUGGUUACAUGAUCAAUCGAAUUUCGAUCGUCAUAGUGCUAAACAAUUAAUGGAAUCUAGCAUUGAUGGACCUACUAUGGGAAUGUUUGUUGUUCGUCGUAGUUCAACAAAUUUAGAUAACUAUGCUUUAACAAUUUUUUAUGAUAAUGAUUUUUUUAAUUUCGAAAUUAUUCAUCCCAAUGAAACAACUUAUUAUAUUGAUGAUGGACCUUUUUUUGAUUCACUCGAACAUUUAGUUGAUCAUUAUUGCCGAAUACCAGAUGGAUUGCCAACAACGUUGAUAUGCUCAGUUAACAGGUCAAAAGAAAUUGUUCUAAGUCGUAUGCAACCAUGUAUUACUUCCUAUAUGAAUCAUCAAACAAAAGACAUUACAACAGGUUUAAAAUACAAUUUCAACCAUCAGAAAAGUUUCGAGAACACGAAAAGUCUUCCAAAUAUUCAACCAUCAACGUCAUCAAUUCAUCGUCCAAAAGUAUUAUCUUCCCUGAAUAGUUCAAUGAAUUCGUUGAGCUCAUUAUCAUCUCGUUCACGUGCUUCGUCAGGACAAGAAAAUCUCUUAUCCAACUCAUCAUCAAGUUUGUCCCUUUCAAGUCCAUUGAGUUCAUUAAAACCAAUAAUAUCAUUAAAUAAAGAUGAAAAUUCUGCGAAACAUCUAAAAUCAUUUGUUGAUCGACGAAAUAUAGUCGGUGGCAAAAUAAGACCGUUUACGCCUGAUUUUCAAACCAAAUCAAGAUCUAAUCAAUUAAAAAUACCAGGAAUGGAAAGAGAAACGUACAAGUACUACGAAUUAAAUCUUAUUUCACCUGAUCAAAUUAACAGAACUGCAAAAUUAGGUGAGGGUGAAUUUGGUGAAGUUUAUGAAGGGUUCUAUCGAGAAACAUCUACGACUAUUCCUGUAGCAAUAAAAGUUUUGAAAGAUUAUUCAUAUUCAGCUAAACAAGAUUUUCUUCGUGAAGCUGAACACAUGUCAAAAUUGAAUCAUCACUGCAUCUGUAAACUAUAUGGUAUUGUAGAUUCUAACGAUACUGAUAUGAUGAUGAUUAUUGAAUUACUUUUAUUUGGUUCAAUGCUUGAUUAUUUAUUGAAAUAUAAACUUCGUGUAAGUGAAUAUCGAUUAAAAUUAUGGGCAUCGCAAAUUGCUGAUGGAAUGGAAUAUAUGGAAUCUAAAGGAAUUAUUCAUCGAGACCUAGCAGCAAGAAAUAUACUUUUACAAUCGACUGAUCAAGUAAAAAUUAGUGAUUUUGGUUUAUCAAGAUGUAUUGAUUCAGAUGUUUAUGUGCAGAAAUCCGAUAGUAAAAUUCCAGUUAAAUGGUAUGCACCUGAAGCAAUUAGCCUUGGUAAAUUUACUUCCAAGUCUGAUGUAUGGUCUGUUGGUGUUACUUUUUGGGAAAUGUUCUCCUAUGGAGCUGUACCUUAUGGUGAUAUGAGUGGUAGUGAUGUAUAUUAUUCAUUGAAACAGGGAAAACGUUUAGAACAAUCAACGUAUUGCCCAGAAUAUAUGUAUCAAAUAAUGCUUAAAUGUUGGGAAUGGGACGAAAAAAAACGACCAUCAUUUCAUGAGCUUGUACAACUAUUGCAAAAUGAGUUUACCCCUCUUCCGCCGAAUAGAACCCGACGAAAAUCGUCUUUCAUAGGUGAUUUAACUAAAGAACAAACCAAUGAGCAACAUGGAAUGAAUAAUAAUAAUGAUAAUAAUCACGAAUCAAGCAAUAUCACCAAAUUAUAG